AUGGAGAGUGGAGAAGUAGAAAGUAAGUGUGACUUGGAUGUUUACUUGAAAGAGAGUGUUCUUGUUGUCGAGAAAGAUGAUUUUGACAUUUUAAUGUGGUGGAAACUCAACCAAAGUAGAUUUCCCAUCCUCUCUUGCUUUGCACGGGAUGUAUUGGCGAUUCCCGUCUCAACCGUGGCAUCGGAGUCCGCUUUUAGCACCGGCGGUCGUGUUCUUGAUGAUUAUAGGAGUUCUUUAACUCCUAAAGUUGUGGAGGCUCUUAUAUGUGCUCAAGAUUGGUUGAAAAAAAAGAAGUCCAAAUGGACUAAGUCCCUUGAAGAGAGCCUAGAAGACAUUGCAAAAAUAGAAGAAGGCACUCUAAUGUAA